CCUUUCCUUCGACAGAUGCUACUCGACCCACUGAAUUCUUCCAGCAGAUUAAAAAACAGCUCAACGACUCCAGCCGCAAUCUCAGGAUUUGUGCCGGUGUCAGGUGCCAGUGAGGAUAGAAAUAGGAGAACAGGGAUGGAGGGCCAUUACCUGCUGGUAUUUGUCUGCAUCUGGGCCGUGGCCCGAGCUCAUCACUCAACAGGCAAUCUGUGCGACACCAUCCGCGCCUCGCAGUCGAGCCUGCACGAUUUCCGAGGAUACGCCCACAACGCCAUCGACAGGAACCAUGACACCGACUACCAGCACGGAGCGUGCAGCAGAACCACCAUGGAGCAAUCGCCCUGGUGGAGCGUGGAUUUCUUCUACCAUUACAGGGUCUAUGUUGUAAACAUCACCGCCAGCAGAGACGGACAAGGCGUUCAGGGAGCGGAAAUCCGCAUCGGAGACUCCAGGGAAACCCAUGGCAGUCAAAACAGCGUCUGUGCAAGGGAAGUAACCGUUCCCGCGGGCCAGACUAAGUACUUUUUCUGUGAACCAAGAGGAAUACAUGGCCGUUAUAUGACCAUCAUCAUCCCCGGGAAGAUGGCAUGCCUGUCACUGUGCGAGGUGGAAGCGUAUGGAGCGCACGAACCCCACUAACUGUCACGGUUCUCUGAGACGGACACUGGGCGCGAACUGGCAAUCUCCGCUUCGUGCUUCCGGCUUUUGCAACCGAUCCAGAUGGAGAACAGACCUCCGUAUCCCGGACCAUCCCGGUCCAACCCCGCUUCAAGCAGCACUUUUCACAGCGAGCCGGCCUUUCAGGGAUUCUGCAGCAUUGCCCAGAGCGAAGGACAGCGGGUGGUGGUGGUGGAGAGACCGGGGGAAACCAGGGAGCGGACACCACUCAGCGCCUGGGACACACUGUCGGGACAGAGGGAGCGUCCUCUGCCCCACCACUGCCUGUCACGCACUUUUCCACUGGGAACGGCGCUGGACUGUAAAAGACCCCGCUCCAUCCCGGCCGGGAUCAGUCCUACAUCCGUGGGGCAGUCCCACAUCCGUCGGGAGCUGUGUGACGGGCCAGUAUCCGGGUCACCGCCCAUUUCUGCGCCGAGCUUCCCUCACUCUGAGCGUGUGUGUAAUCCCCAAUCUGUGCCUUUUCUGUCUGAAUAAAUCAGCGCAACAGCUUCUGCAAA